CCUGAGCUCGUUUCAGAAGCGCGGUAAUCGAAUGUUUCCCUUGUGUUCGUUUUGCCAGUUUGUACAUGGUUAUAUUGUCGUAAUUAUUAACUUUGAGCAUUAUGGUGACUGCAAUGUCUCGAAGUGUCAUGAUCAAAAUGGAAGGUAGUUUAGGGGUUUCUCCCUCUGUUGAUAAAAAUGUUCACGAUUCACCCACUCAGAAACCAAAUCACCGACCUGUAAUGGCAUGUAAUGAUAUGAAUAGGUUUGGUCCUCAGAAUAGUACAGACAACACUUCAAGUGGUUCUAUAUCUAAAGCUUUUCCGACGGAUAGACUGGUUACAAAGGUUGGAUUUGCAAACUUGCCCAACCAAAUACACAGAAAAGCUGUUCGACGGGGUUUUGUGUUUAAUCUUAUGAUUACCGGGAACUCUGGUCUUGGAAAGUCCACUUUCAUUAACUCCUUAUUUUGCACGGAUAUGUACAACGCUGAUUAUCCUGGUCCAUCAAAACGAUCCUAUUCUUCUGGAACUUGUGUGGAUUCAAGGACGUUCGCAUUGAGUGAAGCCAACGUUUCUCUCAUAUUGACCAUAAUUGAUACCCCAGGCUUUGGUAGUGAACUAGAUAAUUCUGCAAGCUGGAAACCUCUGGUAAAACAUAUCGAUUCUCGUUUCGAAUCUUAUCUUCGAGCUGAACUAAAUGUCUCUCGUAUAACAGUCGGGUCUGGAGCAACAUAUCAACCAGGCCUACCUAAUGACCAACGCGUUCAUUUGUGUUUAUACUUUAUUUCUCCUAAUGGGCAUGGUUUGCAUCAACUAGAUAUAGAAACACUCAAACAACUACACAACAGAGUAAAUGUAGUCGUUAUUAUUGGUAAAGCGGAUAGUCUUACACCAGAUGAAUGUUCUCAGUUCAAACAAACAAUUCUACAAGAGUUACACAAUCACAAUAUUAAAUUAUACGAUUUCCCUGAAUCGGUUGCUAAAUUAGGUGGUGCUGAUGAAUCAUAUUCAGUCAAUGAAAUUCGUCAAGCUCGAGGACGUCAACCAUUUGCAGUGGUCACCAGUAAUAAUCUUGUUACUCUACCGGAUGGUAGGAAGGUAUACGGUCGAUCUUAUCCUUGGGGGGUUGUUGAAUGUGACAAUCUUGCACACAAUGAUUUUAAUGCAUUAAAGCAUUUACUAAUGAGUGUUCAUUUGCAGGAUUUAAUCGAUAUGACACAUCACGUACACUAUACAAAUUAUUUUUCAUCACGUUUAACGAGUAUUGCUGAAGCAAGUAAAUUUUUAGCUACAGAAGAUAGUCGUGAACCUUUAAGUCAAUUAGAAACGGAACGUUUAGCGCAUCAGCGUAAAUUGGCUAAAUUAGAGUCUGAAAUGGAGAAUGUUUUUGAACAAAAGGUUCAUGAACGUACAAAUAAAUUAAUUGAAACAGAACGUGAUCUCGUGGAACGUGCUGAACAAUCAGAGAAACACUUAUUAACACAGUUAACCGAGUUUGAGAAACGUAGACAAGAAUUUGAAGAUGAACGUGCUAUUUGGGAAUCAGAAAAUCGGGAAUCUUUAGAAGCUCUUCAUAUUACAUCAGACCGAGGUGAUUUUAUAAAGGAUAAAUUUCGAAUUAAACGUAAGGGAUUAUUUUAAUUUUCAAAAAGAUGUGCUUUUUAAGAGAAUUCCUGUCUGUGAUUUUUGUGACUUGUUAAAUUAGGAAAGAAUUUUUUGCUUCAUUCAAUUAUUACAUAUGCACACGCAUGAUACCUGUGAUCAAGUUUUUUUUAAAAAUACUGACAGACUAAACAGAUCAAGAUAAUGUGUAGUUUUAGCUUGUAUACUACUUAAAAUGUUCAUCCUACUUAUAUACAUACAUCAAUAUACGUUCACAUUAAUGUAAUAUAAGGAUUCCCACUGGCUACUUUCUUUUUGUGCACCGCCUAUAUUGUCUUCCUUUAUUCAAAAAAGAUAAUUCAUUGAACAAUUAAAAAUAGAAUAGAACUAUUAUCUUUUACAUCAAAACUAUUGUCAAUGUUUAUGCUUGCCUUUACACCUUAUUAUUGUUCAAUUAUGAUUUCAGUAAAACGAAGUAAUUUUUUUAUUGUUGUUACUUGUUCUGAAUUUUCUAUAGUCUGUAUUUAUUCGCUCACGUUAUGUUUUCGUUUUUUGAUCUGAAAGUUACUAUAAUGAAUCCACUUACUAUAUCGUCAUUACUUCAUUACACUGUCCUGUAAUGAGGUGUAGUUCUGCUUUGAAAUAGUUAGGGAAUAUGAAAUUAUCGAAGUUUGUUUUACAUGACUCACCCGAUAAUAUUUGUUAAGAAGUACUGGAAAAUGUUUUUGUCAAGUCUUAAACUAACAACUGUUGACAGAAAUUCUAUUCUCAUCCAAAUGUGAGAAGAUUUCAGGUAAGAUCGUUAGAAGGAUUGAAUCAGCACUAAAAAGAUGCUUGCCUAGAGCCAAACUAUAUUCAGUUUAAAACACCAAAUGUUUCUUAAACCAAUCAGAAGUGGAACCAUAUCAUUCUGAAGUCACCAUCAAAUAUAUUUCCUAAUUUAUGUGUACUUAUUUAAGCAAGUGUACAAACAGUAUUGAAAGAAGAACAUAGCGGGUUUCUCCGAACAUAUCCCUCGAACAAUAUGUCUUACUAAGUAAAGUUUACACAAAUGUGAUUACAGAACAUUAAUUAAAUAGUGGACAUAACAGGAAGAUCACAUGGGCAAUUGGAAUAAUAAACACCCAGCGAAAAUCACAUUACUCCGGUUAAGAGAGGCCAAUGCAUCAAGUACUUCCAACAUAAAAAUUAUAAACAGAAAUAAUGCUAAACCGCUCAUUGUCAAGUUAAUGUAGGUAUACUAUUUUACGCUUGUCGAUUAAACUAUCUCUUCAUUGUACUUUGCAACGGAAACUAGGAAAUUUUACUGAAAUUCACUGACGAUGCUAUUUCUAAUUUUAUGUCGACUAGAUGCUUUGAUUAUCACUCAGUUAACAAUUUUUUUUUAUUCAAUGUCACCUCAUUAUCAUGUAUAACUGCAAUACUUCCUUUUAUGACUUCAUCCUCAAUAUAUAAGUACUGAAAAAUCGUUGUGGUUAUGUUGAGCAUAAUUUUUCAUCUGAUUUCUUAUGUCGUUUCGAACUCAACUUCAUUAAUUAUGGUUUGUGAAACAUUUUGUAUUAAUAUUAUUGAUAUAAAAUUUAGGUCGUUUGCAGCUGACGAGACGCUUUGAAAUGUAAUAAAUACAUGUUAUUAUGCAAAA